GUGGAGGAGCAGGAUGACGGAGGCUCAGGUGACAGAAGCACACUCCCACAAAGCAAAGGAGACACCAGCCGUCACGACAAGAUCACUCUCACACUGACCGUGGAUAUGGCGUAAAGAAAGGACCACAUCAUCGAUGUUAUUGUUAUUGUUUUUAGGUAUUAUUUACUUUUAGAAUUAAGAAAGUUAGAUAGUUAUGGAUCAGCUGCGUGGCUGGAACUUCCAGUCCAAAGGGAUGGACAUGGAGGACGAUUUCUACUUCGACUACGGGGUGGAGGAAAUAACAGACUAUCAAGACCCCGCUGAACUGGUGGCUGCUCUGAAACAAAAGGAGGAAGAGGUUAUUUUGGCAGCGCAGCUGGGAAAGGCAUUGCUGCUGGAAAACCGUCAGCUCAAAGAGCAGAGCGACAAACUGCACGAACAAUACGCAGACAAGCUGGAGGAGCUGGAGCAGGGACGCCAUGAGCUGCAGCUGAAGCUGGAGGGCAGCCAGUCCCAGUGGGAGAGCCAGGUGGGGGAUCUGGAGAGGGAUGUGAGGGAUCUGAGUUCCCAGGUGGAGCGACUUAACCAGGCGCUCAGCGAGGCCGAGAAGGACAAGUGUCGAGCUCAGAUGGAGCACAGCGAGCAGACGCACCGCCUCAAAGGGGAGCUCAACGCGGCGAUGGAUGUGAAGAAAAGCAUGUCUGCUGAGCUGCAGGCUCUGAAACAGGAGCUCCAGCAAAAGGGAAGCCAGGACAGGCAGCAUGAUGAGGAGCUGAUCAGUGCCAUGAAGGAGCAGAUGUUGCUCCUCACACAGAAAGAAGAGCUACUGGGGCAGCGCUUGGAGAAUGCAUGUCGAGAAAAUGCUGAACUGAGAGCAAGUUUAGCCUCUUUACAUUCACGGCUGGCUCAGCAUGAACAACUUGACCAACAACACAGCCAGCAGCUUGCUGAGGCAUGGCAGGAGGUGGAUGUGGCGCGGAGUCGCUCACAGCAGCUGCAGGCUCAGGUGGAGGAGCUGCAAGAGGAGGCGUCUCUGCAGGAGAACAGGAGCCACGGAGAUGCCUCUCUGCUGUCUGAGCUGGAAACCGCAGACUAUGGAGUCAGCAAAGAAAAGAUGACAAAAGAGAUGCAGUCCAUCCUGCAGUUACUUCUCCCACUGACCCGGGGUCUGAGCAGCUCAGGGAGGUCAGAGGUCGAGCAUGAACAGGAGGACCUGGUGUCCACGCUGCACCAGCUGAAGGGCGUGGCAGAAACUGUGGCAACUCGAGUAUCCAGCCCCCAGGAGCUGAAUCUGGGUUUUGUCAGCAGGACGGUGGAUCACUGUGGGAAUUUAAACACAACUCAGGAGCUAAGAGAUCAGAACAUUCUGCUGCAGCAGGAAAAUGCUGAGAUGAAGCAAAAGCUGCGAAGCAUUCAGGAUCAAUCCGACAUGGUCCAACAGGCCAUCAGAGACCGAGAUGAAGCCAUAGCCAAGAAGAACAUGAUGGAAACUGAAUUGGUGAGAAGCAAAAAUGACAUGAUGUCUCUGAACAACCAGCUGUUAGAAGCCAUCCAACGCAAACUGGAGCUGUCACAGGAGUUGGAGGCCUGGCAGGAUGACAUACAAAUUGUCAUAAACCAGCAGCUGAAGUCCCAGCAGCAGUCGGAGCAGCCUCAGAAGAAGCCCCCCUCCAAUGGGAUGUCAUUCUUCCGCAGACCGAGCAAAGUGGCUUCUACCUGGACACGCCAGCCGUCCUCCUCUUGGAUUUCAGACACUAAUCAGGACAAAGCUCAGGCUCCCUGGAAGGACUGGUUGAGACGGGGCAAAGGCUCACAGUACGGCAAAUAAUCGACACUGAGCGCUGCAUCUUUCCACUGACUGCAGGACAAGAAACAACAUAAAUAAGUCAGAAGACUUCAAAAAUGUGGGGACGAAAAAACCUCAAAGACAUUGAAAACCGGAGCUACUGCAAGCAAAGAUUAGUUUCAGAAACACGUUCUGAAAGACGUUUCACUGUGACCACUUUGAUAUUUGAUUUUCACAAAACUACCUUCAGACUGUACAUACCUUAUUUUGUAAUAUUGUGAAGCUCUUUAGUUUUUGUGAAUAUCUGGUAAACACAUGACAAGUGCAGAUCAGUGGAAAAUGUUUAUAGAUUAUUUAAAUGAACAAAUCAAAAGCAAGGUAAGUCUGGCACAGAAAGGAUUAAACACUUCAUUUUCUAUGAAUUUAACGUCAAACUAAAUCUAAGAAGCUAAAGUGUAAUGAUAGUUAUUUUUUUAUUUAACUGUAUACUUUUGGGGUUUUUCUGUUAAAAAAUCUCAGAAGUUUAUGUAAAUUAAUGUACAGUUUAAAAAAAAAUGUUUUUUUCUGUAUGUAGUACAUAUUUGUUUAUUUACAGUGACUCAGUGUUCAACUUUGAAGCUGCUCAAACGUAAACUCUGUUGUUUUCUAACAUCCCUUGCUGAAAAUUUUCAUAAAACCUUAAAUGAUCUUUUUGA